AUGCUAACUCUUGGUCCUCACCCAGCUCUCAUUGAAGACAUGUGGAUCAACGAUGCUGCCCUGAACUCUACGGCCGCACAGCUUGAGGAUACGUCCAUCGCCGUUGAUGCCUCCUACUAUCUCCAGCAAUUCCUCGACCUUGCACCAACCCACGAACCCUUGUUGCCUGCUCUUGGUGGGUUGACCGGCAUUGAGACACAUAUCGAGGCCGACCUCGACAGCUGGAAAGAGAACAAUACGACGCCCUUCUUUAUCUUCGAUGGGCAGCCCGUCGAAGGCCAGGAUGCCAUCUCUGUCAAGCGUGGCAAGACCGCCACUGCCAAGACAGACGAGGCCUGGAACCUCUACUUCAGAGGAGAAGCGAACCAGGCUGUAAGCACCUUCGGUCAGGACAGAAGGGCAUACCCCAUCUCGAACCUGUUCCCCCUGCUACAAGGCAUCUUGAAGAAGCGCAACCUACACUUCCUCGUGCCACCCUUCAAUGCCUCAGCCCAGCUCGCUUACUUUGAUAUGAUCGAGUCAGAUCAAUGCUCUGGUAUCAUGGGAUCACAGGAGUUGUUGCUAUAUCCUAUCAAGGACUACAUCAUCAAGUCUAUCGAUUGGGAGAACAGCUCAGUCAAGCUCACCUCCAAGAAGUUGUUACUUCACAAACUGAGCUGCAGCGAAUCCAUGUUCGUCGAUGCAUUAUUAAUGAUCGGGACCUCAUUCCUUCCUCCAUUCCCCGCCCUCCUGGAUCCCACGGUAAUUCACAACCAACCUUUCACCAUUAACGAUGCCGCCAAUCAGCUGCGCAGCGCUGAAAAGUCCGUGACUAGCCUUUGCGGAAUGAUGGAUGACAUCCUGAAGAAGACCGACCCCGAGUGGCGGGAGAAGUAUCGCAAAGCACGCAUGAUGGUUGAGCACUUCAUCUACGUCGAGGAGACCGGUCUCGUCAAGGUUCACAACUUUGACACGCUUACGCAGGACAACUACGAAUACUUGGGUUACCAGCUGCCUGCUGAGUUGUUCCACUACCUGAACACUGGCUUGAUUAGCGGGCGUCUGCCGGGCUAUAUUAGCAACGGACAGGUAAUCAUUCUUCCAACCCUUGAUGGUGUCAAAUCCGAGGAGUACAAGAAAUUGGUCACCACUCAGCUCAACCCCGUACGAGAGCAGGCCUUGAGGCUUGUGAUCCCACGCCUCAAUAGAGGAAUACAGUACAAGCCCAUCUUUGUGAAGGCUUGGUACGACGACAAGUACUCUUACACGAUCGAGCCCCGCGGAGCAAGCAACCGUGCAUUGGAACAAGCUCAAACCUGGAACGUCAAAGACACCACCGUCAGCCAGCACUUUUCUGAUGUGAAACAUGGGUCCAUACAAUUCGAGCUUACUGCUUUAAAAAAUAUCGACUUCGCGAAGGCGACCCUGGUCAAGGAGAAGGUCAGAGGUAUCGAUUCGACAGGAUUGGUCACAUCAUUGGCCAUCUGGCGUUUCCUGCAUCUACGGGGAUAUGUGGACGAGAACCAUCAUUUGACAGUCUGGGGAGAUGCUUUGGCAGCAUCAUUAGACGCCAUAUCACCCACAGUUGAGGAGAAUCCCAAUGACAGUCUCUCAGACGCUGUCCUUCUCGCAUUCGAGCUGCUUAGAUAUGACUUGCUCAACACUCGCAACCAACAUCCGGAGCUUAAUGGCCUACCGAUGAACGGAAGCGAGGAAGACAAGGCAAGUCUUCUAUUAAUCAGUCGAUGCGCUAUCUUGUUAAAACUGCACCAUGAGGCAAAUGGUUAUACCGGUCCACUGAGCAAAAACUUCUUGCAUUUCCGUUCCUUGAGCUCUUCUAUCAGAGAGGCCAACCGUGACCUUCUUGAGGGCAUUGUGGCAUCUUCGCUGAUGUUUGCUGAGAGCAAGAAGGAACGGGAAGAUUAUCUUGACAUCAGUCAGCGUCUACCUUUCCUUAUGGACACCGAUGUUGGUCUGGGCAUCGCUGUCAAGACAUUGCUGGACGACAUCCACCCCACGGACUCGGCAGAGGUCAAGCAGAAGAAGCUGGAAGAAUUUCCUUCUAAAUACGUUCCUUUCGCCACUGAUUUCACAAAGGACUUGAAGGUGGCUCAUGCAUUCUUCGAUGCUCUUCACACUGGCGUCAAGACGCUCGGUGACGGUCAGGUUUCCUCAGCUGAUCGUAAGAUUUGGGAACGCGCGGCAGAGUAUCUAACAGCCCGAAUUUGA